AUGGCUGCCAUGAAAAUACAGGACUCUGUUGAUGCAGAGGAAAUUAUGGGUAUCGAUCACUAUCUCGACCUAAGAAUGGACACCUCAGGUAUCUACCCGUCGCUGGCGCUAAAUAUCUUUACAGACCAUAUCAACCUUCCACGGUGGAUCUUCGAGCUUGAAGUUACUCAACGAUUGAUGAAGCUUAUCAACAUCAUGGCUUCCAUUGACAAUGAUAUGUUCUCAUUUAAAAAGGAACUAGACCUCGGCCAUAUAGACAGUCUCGUUCCUUUGCUCGUGUACGAGAACUCCUACUCGACCCAGAGUGGUAUCGACGCGGCAACUUCCUUGAUUCGCGCAAGUUAUACCGAGUUUUGCAACUUAGAACAUGCACUCUACGGCCAGGUACCUGACGAGCAUCUGGAUGAGACACGCCGUCUUAUCCAGUGCUGGAAGAAUAGUCGAGCUGGGUUGGCCAAUUGGCACUACGCCUCGGAUAGGUACUAUGGCAACUCGUUCGAGGAAAGCUAG